CAAGAUACGUUCUUAUUUGGACGCCUUCAAUGGCAUGUUACGGCCAGUACGGAAGUGCAGGCCCUCGAACUUCGUGAUCUGUUCGGUGAUCACGGACUGUUACGAUUCGACAUCGUGUCAACAGGACAAAAACCCUACUUACCAUUCGAGAGGGACUCCGAUAUGGAUUGUCGACGGAACUUUUCGCAAGAAAAUCCGAUACGGUGCUUCCUCGCCGGCGACCUUCGUGCCAACGAACAGCUGGGUUUGACUGCAAUGCACACGCUUUUCCUGCGUGAACACAACCGAAUCGCUGCCAAGCUACUGGAGCUGAAUGUGAAUUGGGAUGGAGAGACGAUUUUCCAAGAAGCACGAAAAAUCGUUGGCGCUAUCAUUCAACACAUCACCUACAGUGAAUGGCUUCCAACUGUCAUUGGAAAGGUU